UGCUCUGUAAACAUGUCCACAGACCUUCUAUGAAUAUAGGUCAAUGGCUUCCUUCUCAACACCUCCAAAAGUGCAAAGGAGGAAACCCCACUCCAGUGUGCCUUUGGAACUACAAUAUUGAAGGGUGUGAGGACUGUGGCAAAAACCUUAUAGGAGAAUGCAAACUCCAUGGACCACUCAUCAGGGUUAAAGACAGGGUUAUUCCUAGCCGUGCCCGCCUUACCCUACCUCACUACCUCACUUUACAAGUGCUGGAGCUGCGAGCUGAGAACCAACAGAUCCUGGGAGUGUUUGCUAAGAAAGUCAUACAGAAGAGAACACAAUUUGGUCCAUAUGUUGGCAAACUGUCUACAAAACUGACCCACUAUGAUGACAGCAGGCUAGUUCUGCAGGUAUUGAAGGAUGGAGGAAAGUACUUUCUGGACACUCCUAAUGAAGACUGUGGAAACUGGAUGAUGUUUGUCCGGUUGGCUCGGAACCAAGAAGAACAGACUCUUGUAGCCUACCAGCACCGUGGAGAAGUCUACUUCACAACCAUUAAGCCAAUUGAACCCCACACAGAAUUAAAAGUGUGGUAUGCAGCAGAUUAUGCCAAAUUUAUGGAAGCUUCUGCAGUUGUCAUUAAAGAAGAAUCUGAUAUCUAUACUUUACCACCAGUUUCACCAAUAAGAGAUUCUGCAGACCCUUGGAUAUGCUCCAGUUGUAGUCACGUUUUCGGGACUUUUGCUCUUUUGGAAUCUCACCAGUGCAUCAAUGAAGACCGAGCCCUUACUCCCAGCUUCAGACUACCAAAUAAAUUGGGACCUGUAAAAACCAAGAGCAAGCCCAAAGGGAAACUGAGAAGAACUACCUUGGGCAAAAGCACUGUCCAGUGCUACGGGGCCAUUUCCUGUUCUCCUGGUGCAAAGCUUAGCUGCACCAGCUCAGGAAGAGUUUGCAAUCCCAUUGCGAGGUUUGUGCCGAAAUGGAGAAGUGGCCAGUCUUCACUGAUGAAGGGAAGAGAAAUGAAGCAGCAAGACAGUUUCCACUGUCAACUCUGUGGAAAGAUAUUUGAUUCAGUUGAAAAGCUCACAAUCCACACUUACAACCACACAGGGGAGCGUCCCUACAAGUGUUCAGAGCACGGAUGCACAAAAGCUUUCCUUUCCAAAUAUAAACUAAUAAGGCACUCAGCCACCCACUCUCCACAGAAAUCUCACCAAUGUGGUUACUGUGAAAAGACCUUUCACAGAAAGGACCAUUUGAAAAAUCACCUUCAGACUCAUGACCCCAACAAGAUGGCCUUCAGGUGUGAAGAGUGUGGAAAGAAAUACAAUACUAAGCUGGGUUACAAGCGACACCAGGCUCUUCAUGCAGCCACCAGUGGGGAUCUUACCUGCAGGGUCUGCUCCCAAGAGUUUGGAGGAACUGAAAUAUUGUUGGAACAUCUCAAAACUCAUGCAGGGAAGCCAGCCAGCAGCACCAAGGAAAAGAAACAUAAGUGUGAUCACUGUGAGCGCCAUUUCUACACUCGUAAAGAUGUGCGGCGUCACAUGGUUGUUCACACAGGCUGCAAGGACUUCUUGUGCCAGUUUUGCGCUCAGAGGUUUGGGCGCAAGGACCAUUUGACCCGCCACACCAAGAAGACCCAUCCACAAGAGCUGCUGAAGGGCAGGUUGCAGAAUGGUGACUUGCUGGGUCUCUUUGACCCUCUUUCCCCAUUCAGACUAAAGGAAGAAGACAGUGAACUCCCCUCUUUUCCUGAUAGGGUUUCAACACAACAUGGGAUUCUGAGCAGUUCAGAAGCAGGCUACAACAGUCCACAUACUAACUGUCAACAAGCCCUACAAAGUACACAUUCCCUUGAACGUCUUCCUCACAUGCCAAGGAUGGGCUGCGUAGAUGUCCUGUCAGCUGUUCGUUCCACACCCUCUCCACCGUCUGUUCCUACCAGCCAGAACUUUCAUCAGCCCAAUAGAUAUGAACCAAGUUCUACCUCAUUCACAUCAGUGCCCCUCAAGAAUCUACCCAACAAAGUGGAUGUUAAAAAUUAUAGUGUGAACCUGCUUGAAGAUCUCCCUUUACCAGAACCUCGCUCACCUCACAAAAUCAGUUUAGAGAUUUCCUCAGGGCCCCUUGGUGAUGUUGGCAAGUACACACUGCCCAAGGAGACUGAGACAACCACUGAAACAAUGAACACGUCCUCCAUGGAUCUCACUCAUAUACUGGGUUUCUGGCAACUCCCUCCAAGUGAUAACCAGAGUACCAGUGGGGACCUUACAGUGGCAUUUGGUCAGGAGGAACCACCACAUAGGUGCUGCCUUGGACAACUGCAAGGUCCUCAGAUAGCUACGGAUGGUGCAGCUCUCAAUCAGCUUCCUCAUGUCCUUUGCUCUUUUCCAUUCAGCACAAAUUCUGUGACAUUGCCUCAUUUUCACCAUGCAUUCAGAUAACUACCAGCUAUUACUAAGACUCCUUUUUUUACCUUAACUUUUUAGGGAGAGAAAAAAAUCUUUUAAAAACCUAUUAAAAACAAUUUGGGAAUAAUCCUGACAGGAGCUUAUUUUGUGUGAUACUUACUCAUUUUAUAGUGUAUGACAAUAGCAAGAAUGGCAUGUUUUUCCUCUCCAUACCCUAUGUUUUUUACAUUUAAACCAAAUAGCUGAAUAAGUGAUCUUCAAUGGAAAAACAACUAGUUUCAUGAUGAGCACACAAAAUUCUGGCUGCUGUGAGGGGGUGGAUAAUUUAACCUUAAUGAGUCAUGAAGAUGUUGCACAGAUAACUUCAGAAUUGGGAGACAUGUUAAAUUCUACAUCAGAACAUGUAUAAUUUUGGAGGGUCAAGUAGGUUUCUGUGUUGAGCACUUAAUUAAUGAACUUUUAAGUAUGUUUCAGUUGUGAUUCUGUCACUGAAUUACUUUAUCUCCUUGUCUCACUUCUUUUUUUAAAACAAAAGACAGAUAUUACUAUGGCAAUUAAAUUGAACUAGAUUUUGUUUUUUAAAGUGCACUUCAGCUGUAUGUGCCUGCAUAUAGGGAGGUGGUUGCGUGUGUGCACGCAUACGUGUGUGCGUGUGGGCAGAUCUGCAUUUUCCCUGGGUUGGUAGCAGACGAACAGCUGUCUUGUAUAAAUGGCUUUUGCUAAAACAGAAGUAAAUUGUUUAACAUGUUAAGGCAGCAUAUUAAUUUUAAUUUAGAACUUGAUCUGGCAAGAUAUGAGGCACCUUGGGCUCAUGCAAGCAAGCACUUCAACACAUAUGCACAUACCUGCAGUCCCAUUGGCUCAGCAUCUUGCAUAUCUAAGGCUCAGUAAAGAUCAUGCGCCUCAUCAAGCUAGGAUUUGAUUCAUCUUUGAUUGAUGAAGUUCGUCUUUGUUUAGCCCAGGAAAGCAAUUAAUAAUUUUUACAAGCUGCAGCAUAAAAGUUCCUUGGCUGAUAAACGGCAUUAGCAAUAACAGCUUGAGCUGACAGCCGUCCACAUCAUGUAUAUUAACACAUUAUGAGGUUAGUUGCGGGUCUGCCUCUGAAGGAUUGUAGAAUCCAGUAGCUUACACAGUGUAUCGCUUACAGCCACAGAUGGUGCCAAACACCACUGAAGUGUUCAUGUUUAUGUAGCAAGUAUGAUGAUGUAAAACUCAUUUUAUUAUGGCUUCAGAAUGGGAGUAUUUAGCAAAUUAUAUCUUUUUAAACCACAACAGAAGUAAAGGUGUAAACAGACCUCAGCUUUGUGCCACCACAAUUUUUAUGGUGGCAUAAAGGGAAAGCAAAGAGAUGCCUAUACUAUUUGUCCUACCACUAAUCAUAGAAUCAUACAAUCAUAGAAAAUUACAUGUUGGAAGGGACCUCAGGAGGUCAUCUAGUCUAUCCCCCUGCUU